UAUAUUUAUUGCUGCAGUUUCUUUGCUUUUUAAGAUUUUUUACAUUUUAACAUCAACAAUCAUUAGGGAUAUUGUUCCAUAAUUUUCUGUCUGUUUUAACUGUCCCUGGUUUAUGUAUCAAGACCAUAUUUGAAUCAUAGAAGGAAUUUAGUAGGAGUUCAUCUUUCCUGUUGUUUUUGUGUAGUAUUAGAAUGAAUAUUUCUUUAAACACUUGAUAGAAUUUGUGAAGUGGGCUAUUUUUAAAGGGAUUGCCCCCAAAAAGCACUUUUUCUUUGAAUUAGAAGAGAACAUCUUUUAAGCCAAAGUUUUCUCAGUGAAAUCUUAGAGCAUUAACAAGCAACACUUAGUGCUUGUCAAUAUAUAAUUGUAUUCUCUGAAGAUAUUUCUAAUUUUCUCAAUCAGUAUUUCACCUCGAUUUUGGUAAACUCGUUUUAUCUAAACACAAGCUCUAUAGGCGAGUGCCUCUACUUCCGAAGCCUGGGGUAUGUCAGCAAAGUCUCUGGUUAGGGGGUGCAGGCAGCAAGAGCCGGGGUCUUCCUCGGGCCGGCCGGGCCGCUCCUCCCCGCCCAGCUGCCCGGGCUGGCUGACUCCUCCCCUCGCCUUUGCUGCUGCCAGCUCCGUCUACCAAGAUGGAGGGAGCGCCGCUGUCCGCCCCUCUCCGUCUGCUGCUGCUGCUGCCGCCCUUGCUCCUGGCUCCCGGGCAGUUGUUGGCCGGCGCUGCGGGGCCGCUGCCAGCUGCUUCGUUCACCCAGGACAGUAUCAAAAUUAAUGUGACUACCCUGGAAGAUGAUGGGGAGUUCCAUGAGAAACAGGUUUUUCUUAAUAUUAUUUAUGAGAAUGGGCAGAUAUAUGUAAAUGACUUCUCCCUGAAGAGUGGAGUAACCCGAAUAAGGGGUGAGACCUUCAUAGGUCUUGCAUUUGAGGUUGGACCUUAUGGAGCUACAUCUAAGAUUUGCAUCAACAGUGAGGAUGGGGAUGAAAAGCAUUAUUCCUUUUUGAUAGUGGAAGAUGAACAUUCAGAAAACUUGAAGGUCAAGGGAUAUUUUGGAACUGUCAGUGUACGGAUAUUAGUUCAUCAGUGGCCUCUGGCAUCUAGUUCCAAUGUGCAAAUGAUUGCCAUCCAAGAAGAGGUAGUAGAGAUUGAUGGGAAGCAAGCUCAACAAAAGGAUGUGACUGAAGUUGGUAUUUUAGUUAAGAACCAGAGAAUCCACAGACGUUCAAAUUAUACCAUUCCUUUGGAGGAAAGCAUACUGUAUUCUAUUCCUAGAGACAAUGAUGUUUUAUUUACACUUCCUAAUCUCUCAAGAAAAGAUAGUCCUAGUCCAUUGCAAACAACCAGCCAGUACCUUGUCAGGAAUGUGGAAACGACUAUAAAUGAAGACACAUUGCCUGGCAAGUUACCAGAAACUCCUCUGAGAGCAGAGCCUCCAUCUUCAUAUAAGGUAAUUUGUCAGUUGAUGGAGGAGUUCAGAAAAUAUAUGUGUAAAUUCUGGAUCAAUGUUUUCCCAGUACUUUUUAUGUUUAUGAAUAUCAUAGUGCUUGGAAUCAUAGGAGCAGCUAUAGUAAUAGCCAUCUUAAAGGUGCUUUUCCCUAAUUAUGAAUCCAAGGGAAUUCUUCACUUGGAUAAAGUGGGCUACCAUAGGUACUACCCGAUCGACUUCUUAGAGACUACAGAGAAAUCAAAGGAUAAUCUUGAAGAGAAGAUAUGUAUUUAACACAUCCUUAUGCCAUUUUCCCAUUGUGGAAUUUGCCAUUUGGUUCAUAAUUUCCAGUCAUUUAAUGAAAAAGUAUAAUUCAAAUAAGAAAUAAAAGUAUAUUGAAAGACCGUGCCAUAAACUAAGCUUGGCCUUCUAAGAGAGAUUGAAGAAUGAGGAUAUAACAUUUGAAAUUACCUGACUGGUAAUGUCAUAUGACUUCCUAAAGAAUGGGAGAGUGGUAAAAUUAGCCAAAUUGAAAUAGAAAAAGUGAAGACUUGCAGUACCUAUGUUUGCAUUACCAAAAAGGACUUUAUGCCAAUAAUUCCAGAUGCCUUAUUAUUAAGAAAAUUAUAUCUAAUUUUUUUAUUGUAAUGUAUGAGGUCUUACUUUAAGCACUUUAUGAAAAGCUAAACUUAAGAGAAGCCCCUGAAUUAAACACUUAAAAAAAUUA